CAGAGCUGAUACCCCACCCUUCCGCAAUCUUCAACGGCGAACCGUGGCACAUCGCCAAAGCUUCAUCAGCAACAGCCUGUUCUGAGGCUGGAUAGCUCCCGUUUGUUUGGUUAGCUCAGGUGUACAAGAAGCACACCGGUAGCCUCGUUUUUGUUCACCUGGUCCAAUCGGUCCGCCGGCCGUCUCAGCCGCCAACUAUGCCAAACCGACGGUCGGUGUACCCGGCUUAUCACGGAUGCCGGAGGAGCCAGCAGCAUUUUCUCCCUGGGACGGUUUUCUGACUGUCUGUUCUGUCCCAAAGACCACCGAUGCCAUGUGCGCCACAGGGGCUCCUCGCCUCUUUUUCCCCAGUUCUUCGCCUUAUCCAAUCCCUCGGUAUGCAAGCCGUCAACCAUGGACCUGUUCUGACCAGGGUUCGCCUGCUGGUGAACGUGGUCGUGACAGACCCUGCAGCGUGAUUCGUGCAAGCCUCACCGCGAAACAUGUCUCUUGUUGGGGAUCAAAAUCCCAGAAGAUGGGGGGCCAAGCACAGACUGGACUCUGGCACUCUGCAGCUGCGGCCGCUCUUAUUUUCCCACAGACAUUCGUGAUCGACUGCGCCGCGUGCUGAGCUAAGAUUACCUCUGCCAAGUUCAUGUGGCUCACCACCGAGGUUAUCGAAAUGGGCCACAUUAGUCGAUCAGCCACGGAAACCUCUACCUUCUAAACCCCUGCUGGUCUCUUGUUUGGCCAGAUGUUCAACACUGAAGCGUAUAUCACACGACUUCUCGAGUCGGAGUUUAUCUCACAUUUCUCACCCCAAAGUAUUUCAAUUUUGCCACGCCUUGCUGAGAUGUAUUCAGAUCAGGAAUAUGGGAUGCUUACCAGAAGUUUGAUUUGCAAAACGAUGUCGAUGAUUUUCCCGUUGCAUUAUGCGGAGGUCGACAGGAAGGAUGACAGUUGAGGCAGAAGACACGGUAUAAUAAGGAACCCGAGAUCCCAAUUGUGUCUCCGGAUUCUGUCUGUUCUGUCAAACGCUCGCUACUGCUUUCCUGCUCACUUCUGCUCUUUUCUUCAGGCGCUAGACGCUCACCUUUCUUUCUUUGUUGACGAUAAGUUUACAUUCCUUCUUGAUCUGCUGGAUAGAUCUCUUUCACUUGUUCCGUCAGCUUUCAAUUUUCUUGGUCGUGGAGAUACUUCUCGGUUCGGCGCUGUUCACUUCUUUUCAAAUCAUAUAGAUUUUGACGACACAUCCAAGAUGGUCAACAAGAAGGUGGCCUUGACAAUAGCUCUCACAGCAGCAGCAACCGUGUCCGCCUCGCCUCUCGUGGUCCGACCAAUCCCCACACCGACAACUGCCUCAGCCCCGGCUGCCAACUCAACUCUAACACCUCCCGCCACUUCAGCAGGCAACGCUACCGCUCCACCGGCUCAGAUCACCAACCCAGCCGAAGCGGGGGCGGGAGCAGAAGCUGGCCAACCCGGCAACAUCAUCGACGCUGUCAACGCUCUCGUGUCCCAAGUGAAAGGCAUCCUCGGACCUCUUUCUGCAGCUGCAGCAGCAGCCGACAGUGCAGAUGCCGCAGGAGAGACGACCAUAACCGCAACUGUAACGGAGACAGCAAAGGCUACUGGCGGUGCCGGGGCAGGUGUUGGAGUGAUAAUGAAGCCCGCCAAUGGGACCGAAGCUGCUACCUCCGCGGCCGGUGAGACCGAGGCAUCCCCGACUGCACCACCGGUGGCUGGUGCGCCUGCAGACGCUCCAGCUGAUGAGGCUAAAGACGGUGAAGCUGCCGCACCCCCUGCUGCGGGAAAGUCGGAUCCUGUCUCGUCUGUAACCUCUGCCGCCGCCACUGCCACGUCCGAGGCUGUGGCCGUCUCUUCCCCUGCGCGGAACGGAACGGAUUCUGCUGGCACCGGACGGAAUAGUGAUGCCGGGGCUGAGGAGGAGAGCGAUCCGACGAUUGUUAUCAUUGUUACUCAGUAAAUGGGUGAGAUAACGUAUUGUCAGUUGUUGAUAUCAUUGUUAAGAAAGGCAGUUGUGACUAACUAUGGUUAUAUUGAGCUAGUUUCUGCCGUCGACACCUUCACAAAAGUUUUGGUUUACGGAUUUGCCUUUGAAGUUAGAGUAGAGAGAAAACCUGAUAAUCUAAUAUCUAUGUGGACA